AUGUUCAUGCGGAACGGAUGGGUCUCGGAUGCCCCAUUCACGCUCAACGGAACGAACAUAUCCGAAUGCACCAGCUACGUUUAUCUGGGUCGGGAACUGAACAUGAUGAACGACCUGACCCCCGAGCUGGGCAGGAGGAGACGAGCGGCUUGGGGAGCGCACAAGAGCAUCGAGGAUGUAGUGAAGAAGACCAGGAACACCCGGCUCCGUGCUCACCUCUUCAACACCACCGUACUUCCUGCUUUGACCUAUGCUUCGGAAACCCGGGCAUUUCGCAAGCAGGAAGAAAACGCGGUGAGCGUCCUUGAACGCGCAAUUGAGAGAGUGAUGCUAGGAGUAUCCCGUUUCACGCAAGUGAGGGACGGGAUUCGAAGUUCCCUCCUACGUCAGCGAUCGAAGAUUAGAGACGCCGCCGCGUUUGCCAAGGAAAGUAAAAUAAGGUGGGCCGGACACGUGAUGCGCUUUGAUGACAACCGUUGGACCAGAGCCGUGAGCGACUGGGUUCCCCGCGAUAUUAAGCGCACUACAGGAAGACCGCCGACCCGAUGGUCAGAUUUCUUCACGAAGUCCUUGAAAGAAAAAUAUGAUGCUCUUCGUGUCCCACGCGAAAUGAGGAACCACUGGGCUACUCUGGCACGGGAUCGGGACAAAUGGAAGAAUUACUGGCGCCCGCUCGACCAGUUCGAAGAUCAACGGGAGUCAAGGUGA